AUGUUAGUUGGUUUCGUCGAGAUACCGGCGAACUUCGUUUGUUUGCUCGUGCUGGACCGGUUCGGUAGGAAACGCACCCUGAUCACAACUUACGUGCUAAGCGCCUGCCUGUGCAUCAGCCUCUCGUUGCUACCUAGAGAUCAAAAAUGGUGGUCCCUGGUGCUCUACCUCUCCGGAAAGUUCUCGAUCACUGUCGCAUACAGUUCAGUGUACAUCUACGUGUCAGAGGUGUUCCCCACCAGUGUGCGGCAGUCGCUUCUGGCUGUUUGCUCGUCUCUGGGCCGCGUCGGCUCUACGCUCGCUCCGUUGACGCCUCUACUGGCUUUAUAUUACGACAACCUGCCGGCGAUAUUCUUCGGCAGUCUGGCACUGGUCGCCAGCGCCCUGGUGUUCACCCUCCCGGAAACCAUCAACGUACCCCUUCCCGACACGGUGGAGGAAGCGGAGAGACUAUCACGAAGAAAGCACAAGGAAGAAUUCGCA